UCUCUUGCCUUUCCUAACCAUUGUGUACCGUAGGAUAUCCAUGAAUGAUCAUAACGGCAAUUUCCAAAUUCCAUCCUUUAUGAUGGCACUGUGAAAACGCCUACUUCAACAUCAAGAUCUACGCAAACGAGCAAUGAAGCCACCAUGUAAUCCAAAUCUACUGAAGCUCUUCGCCUUCAUUUUCAUCUCCUUCGUUUCUUUCUACCUCGGCAAACACUGGUCCGAUGGCUACCAGCAACUUGUCUUCUUCUCCACCUCUCGCUCCUCUCAAAAAGCCUCUGUUUCAAUCUCCCCUAACUCCUAUAUAUCCUACGAUAUCUCCUCCCUCAUUACGGACAAUGAAACACAAUCUCAAUUCGAUGCCGUUCUGUCUCCGCCAACAUCUUCAAUUCCGCCACCAUCUUCAUCUCCACUGUCCGAUUCGAUCAAGAAGUUCGGUAUCAUAACCGAGGACGGAACUAUGUCAGACGAGUUUGAAGUCGGGGAGUACGAUCCGGAUUUGGUGGAAACCGACUGGGGCAACAAUAACGGGACGGAGGAAACGGAUAGCGGUGGCGGUAGAGUUCAGAUUAAGAGGUUUUCCAUGUGUUCCCGGAAUGUGACGGAGAUUAUACCGUGUCUGGAUAACUGGGAGAUAAUUAAACGGUUGAAGUCCACGGAUAAAGGGGAGAAAUUCGAGCGACAUUGUCCUGAAAAGGGUACCGGAUUGAAUUGCUUGGUUCCGGCUCCAAAAGGCUACAAGCAGCCAAUUCCGUGGCCCAGAAGUCGAGAUGAGGUAUGGUACAACAAUGUUCCUCAUACAAAACUGGUUGAAGAUAAAGGAGGACAAAACUGGAUUUCAAGAAAAAAGGAUAAGUUCACGUUUCCAGGAGGUGGUACACAGUUUAUACAUGGGGCAGAUCAAUACUUGAAUCAGUUCUCUCAGAUGGUGCCUAAUAUUACAUGGGGUAAUCAAACCAGAGUUGUGAUGGAUGUUGGAUGUGGUGUGGCAAGUUUCGGUGCCUAUUUGUUGUCACGAAAUGUCUUAACCAUGUCUGUAGCUCCAAAAGAUGUUCAUGAGAAUCAGAUUCAAUUUGCUCUUGAGCGUGGCGUUCCGGCAAUGGUAGCAGCAUUUGCAACUCGCCGGUUAUUGUAUCCAAGUCAAGCUUUUGACUUGAUACAUUGUUCAAGAUGCAGAAUAAAUUGGACUCGUGAUGAUGGGAUUUUGCUGCUUGAGGCUGAUAGGAUGCUUAGGUCAGGAGGAUACUUUGCUUGGGCUGCACAACCAGUGUAUAAACAUGAAGAAUCUCAAGAGGAACACUGGAAAGAGAUGCUUAAUUUUACAACCCGUCUUUGCUGGGAGCUUGUGAAGAAGGAGGGAUAUGUUGCAAUAUGGCAGAAGCCCUCCAACAACAGCUGUUAUCUAAGCCGUGAGGCAGGAACCACACCCCCACUGUGUGACCCAGAUGACAAUCCAGACAAUGUCUGGUAUGUUGAUCUGAAGGCAUGCAUCACACGACUUCCAGAAAAUGGAUAUGGAGCAAAUCUUCCUUCAUGGCCUGAUCGAUUGCAAACUCCACCAGAUAGGCUCCAAAGCAUACAGCUUGAUGCGUACAUUGCUAGAAAAGAGCUCUUCAGGGCAGAAUCAAAGUAUUGGAAUGAAAUAAUAGCAAGCUAUGUCUCUGGUUUACACUGGAAGAAGAUGAAAUUUAGAAAUGUAAUGGAUAUGAGAGCUGGCUUUGGAGGAUUUGCAGCAGCUUUAAUUGAGCAAAAAUUUGAUUGCUGGGUUAUGAAUGUGGUUCCAGUUAGCGGUUUCAACACCUUACCUGUUAUAUAUGACCGAGGACUACUAGGAGUUAUGCAUGAUUGGUGUGAACCAUUUGAUACAUAUCCAAGAACCUACGACUUACUGCAUGCAUCUGGACUCUUCUCUGUUGAAAGAAAAAGAUGUAAUAUGUCUACCAUCAUGCUUGAGAUGGACCGAAUGCUUAGACCUGGUGGACAUGUAUAUAUUCGUGACUCUAUUGAUGUCAUGGAUGAACUUGAAGAGAUUGCAAAAGCUAUGGGAUGGCAUGUGACUAUGCGAGAGACGUCCGAGGGCCCUCAUGCAAGUUAUAGGGUGUUGACAGGUGAUAAACGCCUUCUGCGUGGUUAAACAAGAGGAGUUCAAAUCCAUGCUGUGUUUGUCAUUUGAGAAGCGGUUGACAACAUGGGCCAAUGUCCCUUCUUGAAAUUCACAUAGAUGAAUGGAGUGCAAAUUCUCAUUGAAAUUUUAUUGCCUCAUAGAGAUUUGUUUCAUUUGUGUGAUUAUCUACCACUGUACAUACGAUAAGCCCCAAGUAGGAUUCAAAUCAUUAUUGAUGGAAUGAAAGCCUUCCAUAUAAUUUACCUGUAAAACACAACAUUGCAUUUCAUUUUUAAAUUGAUGAAUAUGUAAUUCAAUUCUUAUUUACCUGAAUUCAGGAAGAAUACAUGCAAAGCUUUAGCUAAUAUAAUGCUCCAUUGACAA